GUUGAAGUAAGUUGGCCUAUAGUAAAGAGCUGGCUUUGUUGGUUUUGGGCGCGAACUCGUAACGUCUUGAAUUUUACCUACGAGCGUUCUGAAGUCAAGCAAAUCUCAGCUUUGCGUUGUGUUGAAACUUGUAGUCAUUCUCUUGGAACUUCGUGGCUGUCGAAUUGGAGCCCGCCUUCAACAGCUAGACCGCCAAAGGGCUUAAGAAUAAUUUACUCGUGCCACAAGAUUGUAUACCGACAACAGACGAACUGAAGGUUUAACCGCGAGCCGGGAGGUCGGGGAUGCCGUGCGCGGCGCCUGUUAACGAGCCUCGCGGCUGAGCAGCCGCUCGCGCCGGCAGCUCGACGCAGCACCUCCGUGAGGCGGAAAACAAACCGGCCUCACCAGAUCGCUUCUGGGUUUGCGGAGAGCCAUGGAGCAGCUCUCCGGCGCGCCUGCCGUGCCGGCCAAACCGGAGCGCAAGAUACACACCCUGGAUAUCGCUGGCAUUCCCGUGGAGUUCCCCUUCGACCCCUACCCCUGCCAGCGUGACUUCAUGGAGUCGGUCAUCAAGGCGCUGCAGCAGGGUAAGAAUGCGCUGCUGGAGAGCCCCACCGGCACUGGCAAGACGCUGUGCCUGCUGUGCUCCACACUGGCGUGGCGGGAGUCACUCAAGCCCGCCACGCCGGACCCCCACGCAGCCGCCGCGGCGGCGCUGGCGGCGCAAGCCGGCCUGGGCGGCUUCGGCGCGCUCAGCGCCGUCGGCGUGCCCGGCGGCGCGGUGGGCGGCGGCGCCGCCGGCGCAGCCGCCGCCAUGGCAGCGGCGGUAGCCGCCGCCGGCGGAGCCGGCAUGGGCGGAGUCGGCAUGGGCGCGGCCGGCGGCGGCGGUGGCGGCGCCGGCGGCGGGGCUGGCAAGCCCGAUCUGCCUGUGAUCAUUUACUCCAGUCGCACUCACAGCCAAUUGGCGCAGGUGAUGAAGGAGCUGAGGAACUGCAGCUACAAGGACCGCGUGCGCUCCUCCGUGCUGUCCUCCCGCCAGCAGACCUGCCUGCACCCCGCCGCCUCCAAGCUGUCGGGAGGCGCAGCCAACCAGGCCUGCAAGGCGCUCACCAGCGCGCGCAAGUGCAGCUGGCACAACAGCCUCAAGUUCGGCAAGUACCGCAACGCCGCCGGCAGCCUGGUGGGGCCGGUGCCGGACAUCGAGGAGCUUGUGGCGGUGGGCAAGGCGCACGGCGUGUGCCCCUUCUACCUGGGGCGAGACGCAGGCAAGGAGGCGGACAUUGUGUUCCUGCCCUACAACUACCUGCUGGACCCCGGCACCCGCCGCACCAUGGCCGACUCCAUCAACUGGAGCAACGCCGUGGUCAUAUUCGACGAGGCGCACAACGUGGAGUCUGUGAGCAGUGACUCGUGCUCGUUCGACAUCACCGCCAAACAGCUCACCGACGCAAUGCUGGAGGCCAAGCGCUGUAAGGAGGCGUGCCUGGAGCGCGUGGAGCGAGGCAUGACGGCCAUGGUGGACGUGCCGGCGCCCGGAGAGGCCGCGGGCGGCGCCGGCCCCACCGACUACCGGCGAAUGGCGGCCGACAUAGACCUGCUGCUGAUGGUGCUGAAGAAUCUGGAGAACGCGCUGCACAAGGUGUCGGCUGGCCUGCCGCCGCCGCCCUCGCACGGCGGCGGCGGCGACGGCGGCGGCCUCACGAGGCCCGGCUCCUUCCUGUUCGAGUUCCUGGGCAUGGUGGGCAUCACGGCGCACAGCCUGUCCGCCCUGAACGCCACCAUCGACUCCGCCUCCGACGUGCUGGCGGCGGCGGAGGUGGAGGCGGGCCGCACCAACGCCAAAGUCUCCACGGUCGCGCUGCAGCACCUGCAGUCCUGCCUCAACCUGGCCUUCUCCACCCUGGAGCCGCUCAGCGACCGGCCGGGGGCGCCGCCCGCGCACCGCGGCUUCCGUGUGCAUGUGCACCUGCAGCGCUCCUGGGGCGCCGACAAGCUGCCGGCGCCCACCCUGUCCUACUGGUGCUUCAUACCCGGCAUGGCCUUCAGGCGUCUGGCUGCUCUGCGGCUGCGCUCCUUCCUGCUCACCAGUGGCACCCUCAGCCCAAUGGACAGCUUCGCGGGCGAGCUGCAGAUCCCCUUCCCGGUGCGGCUGGAGAACCCGCACAUCAUCGCGCCCAGCCAGGUGUGGGUGGGUGUGCUGCCGUUCGGCCCCAGCGGCACCCCCCUCAACUCCACAUACGCCUCGCGUGACAGCGUGGCUUACAAGGACGAGCUGGGCAACGCGCUGGUGAACGUGGCGCGCACGGUGCCGGACGGGCUGCUGGUGUUCUUCGCCAGCUACGCCGCAAUGGACAGCGCCAUCAACCACUGGAAGCAAAACGGAGGCGCGGGCGGCGUGGGCAGCACGUGGGAGCGCAUCGUGCGGCACAAGGCGCCCGUGGUGGAGCCGCGGGAGAGCGCCGCCUUCGGGGCAGCCAUCGAGGAGUUCAGGUCGCGGCUGGACGACACGGCCACACAGGGCGCCGUGUUCUUCGCGGUGUGCCGCGGCAAGGUCAGCGAGGGCCUGGACUUCAGCGACCGGGCGGGGCGGGCGGUGGUGGUCACGGGCAUCCCCUACGCCGUCAAGAACGACCCCAAGGUCCGCCUGAAGCGGGACGUGCUUGAUGAGGAGGCGCGCGGCGGCGGCUCCGCCUCCUCACUGCUGGGCGAGGGCGUGAGCGGCCUCACCGGGGAGGCCUGGUACACCAACACGGCCAUGCGCGCCGUGAAUCAGGCCAUGGGCCGCGUCAUCCGCCACCGCUGGGACUACGGAGCCAUACUGCUGGCGGACGAUAGGUUCAGGAACCCGAACACACAGAAGAACAUGAGCCGAUGGGUGCGGGAGCACGUCAACGUGUACGAGCACUUUGGCAAGGCGCUGGGGUCGCUCACAAAGUUCUUCAAGGACAAGCAAGGCUUCCAGGCCCCAGGCAAGUCGCUGCCGGGCCGCGCCACCUCCCUCUCCGCAUUCGAGACCGUUGCCGGCGCCGCCGCUACCUCCUCAGCCGCGGCGGCGGCGCUGGCGGGCGCUGGCGGCGGCGGCGGCGGCGGCGGGCGCAGCCUCAUGGACAGCGUCCCAGCGGCCAUCGACGUCAGCGGCAUCGGGGCGCUGGCGGCAAAGGGGCUGGGCGGUGGUGGCGGCAGCAGCAGCAGUAGCGGCGCCGCUGCCGCGGCCAAGGCGGGCGGCGGCGCUAAGAAGCCGGCGGGAGGGCUGCUUGGGCUGCUGAAGUCGGCGCCAGCGGCGGCGGAUGCCGGCGCGGUGGAUGCACCGGUGGCCAUUGGCGGCGGCGGCGGCGCCGCCGCCGCCGCACCUACGGACCCUUUGAACCAGAGCCAGGGGCAGGGGCACGGGCGACACCAGCCGCAGCCGCAGCACCCCCAUCAGAUGGGUCUGGCGGCGGCUCUGGGUGCUGUUGGCGGCGGCGGCGGCGGCGCCGGCGGCAGCAGCAGCCAGGCUUCACAGGCUGGGGCGCCGCCGGGGCUGCCGCGGCCUUUCUCUGCUGCAGCCGGCGGCGGCGGAGGCGGCAGUAGCUACGGCGGCGGCGCGGCAGUGGGUUUCAUGGGGCCGCCGACCUCGCGGCCGGUCAACAUGUUGGCAUUAGUCAGUGGCAGCGGUGGUGGUGGUGGCGGCGGCGGCGGCGGCAGCGGGCCGGGCUGCAGCGGAUUCGGCGGCGGCGGGUUCGCGAGUGGCGGCGGCGGCGGCGGGGGCGGCGAGGUGGUGGUGGGUCCACACCAUAGGCUGGCGGAGCACAAGCGGCGCGCGGCGGAGGUCGCGGAGGGGACAGGGCCGGGCUUCGCUAGCUCACAGGGUUUGGAUCUGGAUUCUACACAGGGGGGAGGUGGCGGCGGCGGGCACCCGGGCCGCACCGCCAGCGGCCUCACCCGGCUGGUGCUGCACCCGGUGCAGCUACAGCCGCCCGCAGCUGCAAGCAACGCGGCUGCUACAGCCGCGGGCGGCGAUGGCGGCAGCGGCGCCGCGGCCGCCAGGGACGCGGCGGCCAAGCCCGGGCAGGGCGGCACGGCCGGCGCCGCAGGCAGCGGCGAAGGCGACGCAGCUGCGGCUUCCACGGCCUCGCAUGCUGCUACAGCCUCUGGGCCCGCCGGGUCCGGGGCUGGGGACGGCGCUGCUACAGCCGGUGGCGGCGGCGCCAAGGCCGACCCGCGCGCCUUCAUGGCCCAGCUCAAGUCCGACCUAAGCGCCGCAGCCUUCAAGUCCUUCCAAUGCCUCAUGUCCGAAUACAAGACCUCCAAGAACCUGACGGCCUUCGUGGACGGUGCUGUGGCGCUGCUGCGGCCGCCCGCCACCGCGCACCUGCUUCGCGGCGUGGCGGCCUUCAUGCCGCGCGACCAGCGCGACUGGUUCGGCCGCGUCACAGAGGUGCACGUGCGCGCCGCGGCGGCGGAAGGCGGCGGCGGCGGCGCUGGUGGAGGCAGCGGAGGUAGUGGAGGCAGCGGGGUAGCGGCGGCGAACGGGAAAGCUGCCGCGUCGGGCGGGGGGCCGGCGGCCCCGCAGGGCAAGGCGGCGGGGGCUGCGGGAGCGGCGGCGGCGCCUGCGGCGCCGGCGGCGGGAAGGGCGCUCGGCAAGCGGCCGGCGCCGUCCGAGGUGGCAGCCGCGGCGUGUGCCGCAGUCAGCCAAGCCAAGCACGGGGCGCCAGCGCCGCAGCAGGCAAAAGCCUCGUCGGGCGCAGCCUUUGCGGCGGGUGCGGGCGCCAGCAACCCUGGCCUCAACGCGCUGCAGAUGCGGGCGGCGGCAGGCGCCGCACUGAACGCAGCGCUCGCCAGCGCGCCGGGCGCUGGCGGCGGCGGUAGUGGCGGCGGCGGCGGCGGCAGCGCGGCGGCGGCGCAGCUGCGCGCGGCGCUCGCGGCGCCGCGUUCGAACUCGGGACGGGGCGGCAGCGGAGCUGCAGGGCCGUCCACGUCCACAGCAAGCGGUGGCGGCGGCGGCGGAGCCGCCGGCCCUUCCUCAGGUGGCGGCGGCGGAGCCGCCGGCCCUUCCUCAGGUGGCGGCGGCGGCAGCAACGGCGCGAAGCCGGUGCCCGCACACGCGGCCCGGCACCAACAAAUACGGAGCGCGCUGCAGCAGCAACCGCCGGGCCGCGGCGCGGCGGCGGCGCCUGCGCUGCCGGCGGGCCAUAUCAGCGCCUACGGCAGCGCUCCCGUCACCGGUGCCGCGGGUGCCGGCGGCGGCGGGCCUCAGCCGCCACCUGCCAAGCGCCCCAACCUUGGCCCCUCGCCCGCCUAUUCCGCGCCCGGGCCUUCGGGCCCCGCGCCUGCCGGGGCUGCCGGCGGCGGCGGGGGCGGGGGCGGGGUGCUGUCGGCGGCGGCGGCGGCGACGCCGUGCAGCCUGUGCGGGCAGCGGCCCGUGAAGAACGCGCACGAGGGGCCGUGCGGCCACGUAGCGUGCUACAACUGCUGGCUGGUGCAGCUGGCGGUUCACUUCAAGUGCAAGACGUGCGGUCGGGGCAUGCGGCAAAAGAACCUCAGCAAGAAGUACUUCAUGUGAGGGGCUCGGCGCGGUGCGGCUCGGCUGCUAUCGAUGAUGCAUGAAGGAUGAAGACGAUGCGAUGUGAGGGGCCCCCGCGCAUGUGACGCCGUCUGCUGGUGUAGGGGCGGGCGUGGCGUUGGUGUUGACUGUGUCCGAUGUGGCCGGUUUUUGGGGGGGGGGCGGCGGGGAGGCGGGUGCUGUGGGAAGGGCUGGGUGAGCAGUGGGGCACCGGAUCAGGGCAGGUUAUGGAGUGGUCGGCUGGCUGAUGGGAGCUUCUGUGACGGGAGUGAG